AUGCUCAUUGAGUACAGCUUGAACUUGCAGAACCAGUUUAAACAAUUUAGAGAACUCCAACAGAAAGAUCUAAGAUUAAAUAAAAUUAGGUCAAAAAUCGAGAAAAAGGCAGACAAACGAUUUAUGGUAUUCAAAGGAAUAUUAUUUUCCGUGGAUCGACACCAGAAAUACCAGGCAAUGAUACCGGAGAGUAUGGGACACCAAGUUAUUAAGGAAACUCACGAACAUUUCGGUCAUGUGGGCACUUAUAAAAUCUACGAAUUACUACGCUAUCAAUAUCAGCUCAAAAAUAUGUAUCGGAAUGUUAAAAAAAUUGUAAAAUCAUGCGAUUUAUGCCAAAAAAGCAAAAUCAACAACCAAUUGACUAGGGGACCCUUAUUGUCAAAUAUUCCGGAGGGACCACGAUGUACAGUUUCAUUAGAUUUAAUGGGGCCACUACCUAAAGGCCAAUACAACAUGAGAUACAUCUUGGCAAUAAUUGAUAUAUUCUCCAAGUAUGUAAAAUUAUACGCAAUACGCCGUGCUACCACAGAUACCAUAUUAAAGAAAAUCACUGAUGAUUAUAUUCCAAAAUAUGGGCCGGUAAAGAAGAUACUGACAGAUAACGGUACCCAAUUCAGGAACGACAAAUGGAUAAAACAACUGCAAGCCGCAAGGAUACAAGCAGUAUUCACCACCACAUAUCACCCUGAAGGUAAUCCGAUAGAACGCACCAACCGAGAAAUAGGACGUAUACUACGUACCUACUGCCACUCCAAACAUGAGGGAUGGGUAAAAUGGAUCAGCACGAUAGAAUUUUGGCUAAACCAUACCACUCACGAAUCAACAGGAUAUACCCCACAACAAAUAAUGUUCGGUAGUCGUCACAUCCUGACUAUUGAUAAAUUGUUAGAUUUUCCGACAGUACAAGGAGACACCACUGAGAAAAUCACAUGUCAUUUAAUAAAAAGCCGGUUAGAAAAAAAAGCCGCCGCAAGAAAUAAAAUCAAAGACAAGAAUAAGAAAUUCAUCACCUAUCUACCUGGACAGCAAGUACUUGUAAAAGAGCACCGCCUUUCCUCGGCGGAGGACAAGACUAUUCACAAGUUUUUCUUAUUAUAUCACGGGCCGUAUAAAAUUUCCGAAGUAAGGGGAAACAAUACCGUGGUCGUAGAAGUGGAACCAGGAAAGAAUCGAACGCAUAAUAUGAAGGAAGUCAAGCUAUACAUUCCACCGGAUCCUGGGGAAGGACAACGAAUAAGCGCGGAAUAA